CUCUCUUGUUCCUCAAGAAGCCCGUACUCGAACAGAACACAGAAACAGAUCGACAAUACUACUACCACAACAACCGCCACCGCCACCAGAUCCACCGAAACAUGGAGUGCGUGUUCGGUUUAGUCGGCAACGGUUUCUCAAUUUUAGUGGCUGAUACGUCGGCCGUUCACAGUAUACUUGUUCACAAAUCUAACGAAGACAAGAUCAUGGUCCUCGACUCUCACAAACUCAUCGCUGCAAGCGGUGAACCUGGUGACAGAGUGCAGUUUACGGAGUUUAUACAGAAAAAUGUGGCUUUGUACCAAUUUCGUAACGGAAUUCCGUUGACGACUGCAGCAGCGGCCAACUUUACGCGAGGAGAGCUCGCUACUGCUUUGAGAAAGAACCCAUACAUGGUCAACAUCCUUUUAGCUGGCUAUGAUAAGGAGACAGGCCCAUCUCUAUACUACAUCGACUACAUUGCUAGUCUUCACAAGGUUGAUAAGGGUGCAUUUGGUUAUGGCUCCUACUUUUCACUCUCCAUGAUGGACAGACACUACCACAGCGGUAUGUCAGUGGAAGAAGCGAUUGAUUUGGUUGAUAAGUGCAUAAUGGAGAUCCGGUCCAGGCUGGUUGUGGCACCCCCAAACUUCGUGAUUAAGAUAGUUGACAAAGAUGGAGCAAGGGAGUAUGCCUGGCGUGAAUCUGUCAAAGAAACCACUGCUUCGUAAGCGCGACGGCUUUAUACUUGAACUGCUUCGCGUUCUUGCUUGAACUGUCAAUAUUAAGAUUAGUUAAUGUUAUGGAAAUUUAAUUCAACUUCUGAAGUGGAAUUCUCGAACUGAAAAAUGAAGUUUUAUUUCACAGUGUCUUGAUUGACGCCGCUUUUCUAUCAAUUAAUAUUAGCUCUUGUGUUCAUCCUAAA